AUGACUUUAAAAGAAAUUCAAAACAAACUACUACUAUGGGAAACAUCGGAAAAUCCUUUGGCACCACUAACUUCUAAUCAAAGAGAAGCAAUCCUUGAUUUAGAAUCAUUGAUUCUUGAUAAAGCACCCGAUUCGGGAGACGAUAAGACAGAAGUUUCGAUUAAAGCAGAAGGAGACACUUCAAUACCAUCAAUUGACACUACAUUUGAUUUUCUCGAAUGGUAUGAGCAUUUGUAUGAAAACAGCAUAAAAGCAGAUGAUGCUCCUUAUGAAACAUAUUAUAAGCAACUAGAAGAGAGGAGAAAUGAGUGUGUUUCUUUAACCAAUCAGAUUACAGGUACAAUGGCAGACUUGAACAAGUUAUCAGAAGAAUAUAAUCUUGUUUCAAAUAAAACAAAUGCCCUUCAUACCAUGAGUGAACAAUUGUUAGCAGAUCAAACAAAACUUUCUAAUAUUGGUGACGACAUAAAACAAAAGCUACAUUACUUUACACGAGUUGAACAUCUAUCACAAAGACUAAACAGUUCAACCAUGUCAGUGAAUAGCGAGGCAUUCUUUAAUGUGCUGGCCAAGAUUGAUGAGUGCUUGGACUAUAUGAGAAAUCAUAAUAACUUCAAGGAGGCACACGCCUAUUUAGUAAAAUACAGGCAUUUACAAAACCGAGGAAUUUCUCUAAUCCGGUCAUACAUUAUACAAGUUCUCAAUCAUGCCACUGAGCAAGUGUUGGCUCCUGAGGAGGAUACCACUGACCAAGACACAAUGGAUACUGCUUACGCGGUUUACUUCGGCAAGUUCCAAGCUGCAGCACCUAAACUGAGGAUGGUCAUAAGUGAAAUUGAGAAACGAGCAGAAACUAAUGAAGAUUACGCUGCGCUGGUGUCGGACGCACAGCGUGAGUACGCAGCACGCCGUGCCCGCGCUGCGGGCGGCGCGGCGGGCGCAGCGCUGCGCGGCGCCCCCCGCGACCACUGCGCUGCGCUGCGUGCCGCCUGCUCGCUGCUGGCGCUCGCCUGCCGCGAUGAGUACGCACUUUACGCACACUUCUUCAGCCGCCCGUCGGCUGCACUCGAUGAAUAUCUCCAAUCGCUGUGUAAUGGACUGUACGAAACUCUGCGGCCGCAAAUAAUACACAUUAACCACCUGGAGACCCUGGCGGAAUUGUGCGUUAUAUUACGAAUUGAAGUUAUUGAGGAACAAGUCAAUAAUGACCCGGCGUUACACGCGCUGGGGCAAGCUGCGCGAGCAUUGCUGCAGGACGCGCAGGAACGGCUCGUGUUCCGCGCGCACGUGCACCUGCGCCACGACGUGCUGCUGUACCGCCCCGCGCCCGGUGACCUCGCCUACCCCGACAAGCUGCAGAUGAUGGAGCAAAUCGCCAUAUCAAUUCAAGAACAAAGCCUAAAACGUAGCGAUUCCCGUAACUCUAUGAUAUCGGACGUGUCAGCAACUUCACAAGAAGUUGCCAAUAUCAACGUCGAAGCCCAGAGAAGACCGCAAGCUUCCCCGGCAGAUUUGCAUGGAAUGUGGUAUCCAGGUGUGAGAAGAACCUUAGCUGCACUAUCUAGACUAUAUCGAUGUUUAGAAAAGAGAGUCUUUCAGGGUUUAGCACAAGAGGCUAUCUCUUUGUGUGUCCAAAGCGUCGACAACGCCGCUAAACAGAUCUCAGCUAAUAAAACAAACAUUGACGGAGAGUUAUUCCAAAUAAAACAUUUGCUUAUUUUAAGAGAACAGAUUGCUCCGUUCCAAGUGGACUUCGUUAUAAAAGAGACCACAUUAGACUUCAGUAAUGUGAAAAAUGCGGCUUACGGUCUAAUACAGAGGCCUCGACAAAUAUUCUCGCUUAAUAGCAACAACGCAUUGCUUGAGUUUUUGUUGGAAGGGACACCCAUGGUGAAGGAACAUUUACUUGACUCCAGGAAGGAGGUGGACAGACAGUUGAAGAAUUGUUGCGAGACGUUCAUAAAGCAUGCGACGGAAAUAUUAGCAGGACCCCUUAUAGAAUUCACUGAGAAGGUUCAAGCAUUUACUCCAGUUGAACAAUUGAAAACCCAACCUUGGGCGACACCUGAAGAAAUGGCAGUAGCUGUGAAGGAGGCACAGAAGAGGAUAAAAACUCAUCUCGCACCUCUCCAGCGCUCUAUGCAAUUAUACUUAGCUAAUAAGGAGACUGAGUUUAUUCUGUUUAGACCAAUUCGGAAUAAUGUUGUUGGAUAUUUCAUGCAAGUUGAACAAACUCUUAACAAUGCUGGAUAUUCAUACGAAGAUAAGCUUAUAGUUGCUUGUCCCACACCAGAGCAAGUAUCUGUGUUUAUAUCCUCUGCCAGUUUAAUCAGCCACAGUGAGCCAGUGUUGCCGUAUGGUAAAAAGAGGAAGACAAGUACAGUUAAGAAACCAAACAUUGCCAAUAUCCAAGAAAAUGCGGAAGAAAAGGACAAUGUUAAGCCAGUUGCAUAG